UAAAAGUACACUACAGCUUAUAGCCUCUCAUUUUUUCUGUGCAGGCGGCAAUGUUAUGCUAAUCAAACGUGUGGACAAACCUUGCUAUUCAACUAACGUUAACGUUAGCUUUUGUAGAGAGGGUGGGUGACUAAGUUAAUAGUGAAUUUCAAAUCUAACAUCAACAGGGUCAACUGUUCUUUCUACUUCAAAAUUGGUGCAUGCCGCCAUGGCGACCGCUGUUCCAGGUUGCACAACAAACCCACUUUCAGCCAGACCAUCUUGAUUCAAAACAUCUACCGUAACCCCCAAAACAGUGCACAGACAGCCGACGCGUCCCGCUGUAAGUCCUAUUACUCCACAGCAGGGCGACAGGGGGGCGGCUAGUUCACCCCCUCUUUUUUUGUUAUGAUUCCGGCUCCUCCCGGUGUAGGUCCAGCUCAAAGCCUCUUGUGAAGAGGCAGCCUCAGCACUGUUAAACAGGGCUCCCAACCUUCCAGCACAUCACCUGCUCAUGGAGAACAUUCAGAGCACCCCCGCUCGCUAUGGCAGCAAUGCAAGUCGGCAAUGCACCCCUCUCUCCCAAAUGAAAAAGAAUGCAAUAGGUAGCAAAGAGCCUGAGCGUAAUCUAUCCUCAUGUUGAGCCCUGUGUAGCAGAGCUGAUGCUUUGCCUCCUGCACAGGUAAGUAUUGUCUAGGGAUGUGAUCUGGGCCAUGGUGUUGCAGUGUGGGCACGACCAUGUCCUCCGCUAACCUCCGCUUUACUUUCUCCACAAGGGGCUCAGAACUCUGCCUGACCACAUCCUGUGAAAUUGGUGUUGUCAUUCCUAUCACGGACCAACCCAGCACACCAUUGCCCUCUUGAACAUUUACCGUAACCCACAAAACAAUGCCCAGUCUGCUGAUGGUUUACGGAGUGCUGUAAGCGAUGUGGAAAUGCAAGAGCAUUAUGAUGAGUUCUUCGAGGAGGUCUUUACGGAGAUGGAGGAGAAAUAUGGAGAGGUGGAGGAGAUGAACGUGUGUGAUAACCUCGGUGACCAUCUAGUCGGAAACGUUUAUGUCAAGUUCCGCCGUGAGGAGGAUGCAGAGAAAGCUGUGAUGGACCUGAACAACCGCUGGUUCAACGCCCAGCCCAUCCAUGCAGAGUUGUCACCCGUCACCGACUUCAGAGAAGCCUGCUGUCGACAAUAUGAAAUGGGGGAAUGCACAAGAGGCGGCUUCUGUAACUUCAUGCAUCUGAAGCCCAUCUCUCGGGAGCUCCGGAAGGAACUGUAUGGGCGCCGCAGGAAACGGCACCGGUCGCGCUCACGUUCCCGUGAACGCCGUUCUCGUUCUCGUGACCGAGGCCGCCGUGAUCGUGAAAGGAAGAGGUCGAGGGAUCGGGAACGUUCUGGAAGAUUCUAACGCACCUCCUCUCAUCUCUCCGUGUUCCCUUGUCCCUUCAGUUCUGAACCAUUCAACCCGAUCAAAAUCCAUUUCAAAUGUUGGGCUUUUUUUCUUCUCGAUUAUUCCAUUUACUCUUUUUUUUUUAAUAACUCAAGAAGCCUGAUUUCUCAAUAAAUUACUUUGUAGUUA